AUGAAACUGUUGACCUUAAAGUUAAAAUCACAGCCUAUACUACAUGGUGACAAGAUCAGGUACAAGAAAGAUUCUAUAGUAGCAGAUGAAACUGUUGCUGUAAAACUUGUUCUGUGGGAAGAUACGACUGAUAAGUCCAUGUUGGUAAAUCAGAUCCAAAACUGUAAAAUCAGGGUCUUUGACGACUCCAAAUUUCUCAACACUAAUGAAUUCACUAAAAUAAUAGAAAUUGAUGAAAUUCCUAUCAUCAACCUGGCGACACUUGAAUUGCAAGACAACAUUAUUAAUGGUCAAUGCCUUGGAGUUGACUUGAAAUGCACCACCACUUGCAUUUGUUGCAAUAAAACCACUGAUGAAACAAAUGAUGAAACCAACAUAGUUACAUGUCUGAACUGCAGCAUGACACUCAUCAAAGAUGUUUUUUCAACUAAAGUUGUUACUAAACUACUCAUGAAAAUUGAUGAGAAGCUGGUCAAUUAUACAGCCUUCAGUGAUGCCAUCCAAAGCUUCAUGUCCAACAUCAAUUGUAAAACAAGCUUA